UGCCAAUCACUCUUGCUCCCCUCAGCAGGCGUUUCAGCUUCAACUCUCCAAGCAACCCCCUGAUCACCAUAACCAUGGACGCCAAAUCCCUCUUGCGAGCCAAAAAGGCCGAAGCCCGCAUCACCCACCCCUACGCGACAUAUAACGCUUCUGGCGUCUUGCGCUGUUCCAUCUGUGCCGUACCAGUGAAGCAAUGGGACGCGCAUCUGUUGACGAAACAACACCGAACAUCGGUAGCCCGUGAAAAGGCAGAGAAGGAGAAGGCUGAGAGGGUCAAGCGGCCGAGAGGGGAUGAAGCUGAGCCUUCCUCCAAGCGGGCGAAAGUCCAGCCACAACCUUCUGCAGGUCCAUCGAAUCUACCAGCGGGAUUCUUCUCAGCUGGCAACGCUCCCCCGCCUCAAGAACCUGAACCUGAACCCGAAGUCGAAAUGUCAGCGCCGGUGGUACCGCCUCCAAAGACAGGAGACGCCGAUCUGGACGACUUUUUCGCUUCCCUAGCGGAUGAUACCCCUGCUCCUGUAUCCUCUACUGCUGCGCCGCCUACAGCGGCUACACAAGCGGCUAGAAGGAAGACGUAUAAGGAAGACCUCAUUCCCGGCCAGGCGAGCUAUGAGGCGGCGCCGGUGAGGAAUGUUCCGAAGGAGGAAGAGGCGGCGCAGGAACCGGAAGAGGAAGAGACGGAAGGGGAGAGGAAGGAGAGGCUGGAAAGGGAGGAGAGGGAGGAGAUUGUGCAACGGUUAGAGGAUGAGGAGCGGGCUCAAGAGGACGCGGACUCGAGAGUUGCGGCUUUGAAACAGAGAAUGGAGCUGAUGAAGAAGAAGCGAGAAGCGAGGGCGAAUGCAAAGGGCAAGGGGAAAGCCAACGGCGCUUGAUGUGUAUAAUGCAACUUACGCAUGGUCCUGUACACCGUGGAGCCCAUAGCUCAAUGUUGCUUUACUAUCAAAGUCUGAAAAGAGCUAGUCUCAAGCUGGCAGUAUCUUAAAGGCCGGAUCAGGAGACAAUGAGGAGCACGAGCUAGUGGCAUGAGGUCAGGCGUAAUGCAGCUUCCUG